AUGGCUCUAGUGAGACCUGGAUCAGGGUCAGCCCCGCCGGCGAAGCUUCGAUGGGGAGAGCUCGAAGAGGACGACGGCGAGGAUCUGGACUUCCUCCUGCCGCCGAAGCAGGUGAUUGGGCCCGACGAGAACGGGAUCAAGAAGGUGAUAGAGUAUAAGUUCAAUGAGGACGGCAAUAAGGUCAAGAUCACGACCACGACCCGGACUCGGAAACUCGCCAACGCUCGACUUAGUAAGCGGGCCGUGGAGCGCCGCUCCUGGCCUAAGUUCGGCGACGCCGUGCAUGAGGACGUCGGUGCCAGGCUAACCAUGAUCUCCACUGAAGAGAUCCUCCUUGAGCGCCCCAGGGCUCCUGGUAGUAAGGCAGAAGAACCAAAGGCUGGAGGAGACUCUUUGGCUCAACUCGGAAAAGGAGGGGCUGCUCUCAAACUUUGUAGGACUUGUGGUAAGAAGGGCGACCACUGGACUUCACAGUGCCCAUAUAAGGAUCUCGCCCCACAGGCUGAAGCAUUCAGUGAUAAGCCUCCUACAUCAGAUGCAGCAACUGGAGCUGCUGGAACUGGUAAGUAUGUUCCUCCAAGCGUGAGAGCAGGGGCAGACAGAACUGGAUCUGAUAUGAGACGAAGGAAUGAUGAGAACUCGGUUCGUGUCACCAACCUUUCAGAGGACACACGGGAGCCUGACUUGCUUGAACUUUUCCGGCCUUUUGGGGCUGUAAGCCGUGUUUACGUUGCUCUUGAUAAGAAUACGUCCAUUAGCAGAGGAUUUGGGUUUGUCAACUUUGUGAACAGGGAAGAUGCCCAGAGAGCAAUUAACAAACUGAAUGGGUACGGUUAUGACAAUCUCAUCCUCAGGGUUGAAUGGGCCACACCCAGGACAAAUUAG